AUGUCUACAAACACCAACAUGAGCAUGCAACCUCGCCGACGUCUCGAACAGCCGCCUGUAAAGGCCGCCUGCCUAGCAUGCCGUGCAUCGAAAGCCCGUUGCAACGGUCAAACACCGUGCAACAGAUGUAGUGUCAGUGAUAGGCACUGUGAGUAUCGACCCAGCCGGAGAGGGCGUGUAGUCCGAGCACCGGUAACGCCACCAUCAACGAACGUCUCGCCGAAAUCACCCACGAGUAUACAAGGUCGUCUGAUUGCUAGUUCCCACAAAAGGUCGAGAGAAGACUGCGGCACACACGGGAAGACAUACCAGCGUACGGAGAAUCAUAAGCCCGCAAAGCUCUGGCUCCAUGAAACUAACCAAGCAAUUAUUGAUGCCUAUUAUACGUAUAUACACCCCUGUUUUCCGGUUCUGCCACCUCCUUGCUUAGGUCAGCAGCCUGACCGGCUAGUAGAAGAGGGCCAUGCCUUUUGUCCAGAAUCCCCACUGCUUCACGCUAUUGCUGCACUUGUCGGCCUGAUAUCUGCAAAAGACGAAGAUGAGUAUGCUGCCAUCCGUGAUCGAGCAACUAGACAAGAAUAUGCCGAGCUCUGUUCGGAAUUGGCCCUGAAGGGAAUAGAUCGCGACAUAGACGUGUCUGGACCAUUGAGUCGCAGCCGCGUGCACGACAGCGUACCAGUUAGCCUCGAAAGUACGAUUGCGACUCUGCUUGUUGCGGUAUACGAGUACUGCUACCGUGGUAGCUUGAUGAGAGCACGCACUCGCAUGGCUACCGCCAUUACGUUGGCUACGGAUCAAGGACUGCACGACACCGGUCCUGAGCAGACGACAGACUCUGAAUGCGAACGAAGAACUUGGUCCAUGAUAUGCUUCUUCGCAAACAAACUGUCGAUCAUUCACCAUCUGCCACCUUUGAUAUCAAUCGGCGAUCCGCCAAUCAAGAUAGCAUCACCAAAGUUAGGAAUGGAACCAGAACCAUGGGAGGCCAUAUCAGGUGCACAGCAGAUACUUCUCAUUUGUCAAACGCGGGUUGCAACUUGUGACGAACUAGAGAGGCUUGAUACAACAGUCUGUUCAUAUAUUCGAGAUCUUGAUCGUCCGCUUCCUGCACUUAAGCCAGAUGACGUGGAGGGACUAGCCGCACACAACUGGUGGGCUAUUGCUCGCAUUGUUGUGCACAGUGCUCGCAUAAAGCUACACCGCCAAUCAGCGUUCGCUGAUAUACCGGCCUUCGUAAACAAGCACUGUGAUAUGGCUGCGCUCAAGGACACUAAACACUUUCCUCUUCUCACCCCAGACUGCCAUCGACUUGCGUCUCCGGGGUCGCAAACAAACAGCCCGAAGACUGGUGAAUGGCCAUUAGCAGAUGUUUCGCGCAGGGCACAACGGUCAUCCGACGUCUGCCUCAAGUCCGCCUUCGUUGUUCUGCGGAUGUUCAGAUACUUAACAGAGGUUUUGGUUGACAAGCAGUUGCAACUGCCCGGACUCCGCCACGUUGACGACGAAGCGAAGAAGUCAAUCAGAUCUUCGUUACCAAUGACAAUGCCUCAAAUGGCUUGCAGUGCGAUGCAAGCAUGCUACGUAAUGGUUAUGACCUUGUACAGGGUGAAGUCUUCGCUCGUACUUGAUAAAGCAACAAGAUCAGAUACUGCCUUGCAGCCUGACCUAUGCUUCCAAGAUACUGAGCGCUUAGUAGAAGAGCUAAGGCACGGUGUGAAAGACAGUAUGGAGAUGCUGAACAAGUAUCAGAUGGAGUUCGCGCACAUCAAAGCUAUGUUUGAGGAGCUCAAAAUGGUUUACGAAGUUGCGUUUGCCGACGUCUGA